AUGUCACAAUUAUUCGAAUGGGCAUUCGGGAAGAAGUUAACUCCUCAAGAGAGACUUCGGAAGAAUCAACGAUCAUUAGAAAAGACACAAAGAGAAUUGGCCAGAGAAACAACUAAAUUACAACAACAAGAAAAGAAAUUAAUCUCAGAUAUUAAGAAGCUGGCUAAACAAGGACAAAUAAAUAGUGCUAAAGUACAAGCUAAAGAUUUAAUACGUACAAGAGGAUACAUUCAUAAAUUCAACAGUAUGAAAGCUCAAUUACAAGCCAUAUCUUUAAGAAUUCAAAGUGUAAGAAGUAAUCAACAAAUGGCAAUGUCUAUGAGAGAUGCAACCAGAUUAUUAUCAGGAAUGAAUAGAUCAAUGAAUUUACCACAAUUAUCACGAAUUGCCCAAGAAUUUCAAAAGGAAAAUGAUUUGAUGGACCAAAAACAAGAAUUUAUGGAUGAUGCCAUUGAUGAUGCAAUGGAAUUUGAAGAUGAUGAAUUAGGAGAAGAAGACCAAAUUGAUGAAAUCUUGGGUAAAGUAUUAGAUGAAAUUGGUGUAGAUUUAAAUGCCAACUUGAAAGAUACUCCAACAGGUUUACCUACUCAAGAAACUGAAAAUAGAGUAGCUCAAGCUAUUGGAGGUGAUGAAGAUGAUUUACAAGCAAGAUUAGAUAGUUUAAAGAAAUAA